UGAAGAGUAAAAGUACUUGAUUCUGGGAAGACUCUUACAGCAUUUCUAACUUCAAAGCUGGAGAAAAGUAUGAAGGAACAGUCCAUCUGACUCCCUCAGCAUCUCACCCAGAACACAAAAUGGCUCUUCAGAAAAAAACUGUUGUUGGUGUCUUGGAGGAGUGGUGUUUGGCGGAACCACUGUUCGGUUGCAGGUGGCACCAGAAUGUCAGGAAAAAACUGAGACUGAUACGAAUUGUAGGGCUCCUUGUCAGUGUAGUGGCCAUUAGUACUUUCUCACUUUCAAUGAGUGCCUUUUUCAAGAUGGAGCCACAUAGCAUGGCGCUCAUCAGCAGCCUAGAUAGCCAAAAGCUGGUGCGUGGGCACCAAAGAACUCUCUUGGAUUUCACAGAACAGAAUGAAAAUGGCACUCCAGAUCCACGUGCUUCUAUGAAAUAUGAAGCUGGACAUGACAAUGAAACAGAUGAUCAUGCGAAGGGAGAGUACCCCGAGGACCUUUUCUCUCUUGAGGAGAGAAGACAGGGAGCAGUGAUCCUCCAUAUAAUUGGAAUGAUUUACAUGUUUAUAGCCUUAGCCAUAGUCUGUGAUGAGUUCUUUGUUCCUUCCUUGACUGUCAUCACUGAAAAACUGGCCAUUUCUGAUGAUGUGGCAGGGGCAACCUUCAUGGCUGCUGGUGGGUCAGCCCCAGAACUCUUCACUUCUUUGAUAGGAGUGUUUAUAUCCCACAGCAACGUUGGCAUUGGUACAAUAGUGGGAUCUGCUGUGUUCAAUAUCCUGUUUGUUAUUGGAAUGUGUGCUUUAUUUUCUAAAGAGAUCUUGAACCUUACUUGGUGGCCACUCUUUCGCGAUAUGUCCUUUUACAUCAUUGACUUGAUCUUGCUAAUCAUCUUUUUUCUGGAUAACUUCAUAAUGUGGUGGGAAAGCGUAACACUCCUGACAGCAUAUUUUUUCUAUGUGACAUUUAUGAAGUUCAAUGUCCAAGUAGAAGAAUUGGUGAAGAAAUUUUUAAACAGGAACAAGGUUGAGAAGGUAACAACCGAUGCUGAAGGAAAGUCACCUAAUGCUGGAGACAAGGAUGACCAGACGUUGACGACCAAGCCACGUCUCCAGCGGGGAGGAAGCUCCGCAUCUCUCCACAACAGUCUGAUGAGGAACAGCAUCUUCCAGCUCAUGAUUCACACACUUGACCCACUUGCUGAAGAGCUUGGAUCAUAUGGAAACCUAAAAUAUUAUGACACAAUGACUGAAGAAGGAAAGUUCAAGGAAAGAGCCUCAAUUCUGCAUAAGAUUGCCAAAAAAAAGUGCCAGGUGGAAGACAGUGAAAGGCAGAAUGGAGCGGCUAAUCAUGAGAAAGGUGCAAAAGUGGAAGUUGCAGUAACACCACCGAGUGAUUCAGGACCAGUGCAGAAUGGAAUCGCCCAUAAUGUUGACGAGAAUGAAGAGGAGGAGGAGGAGCAGCCUCUCAGCCUGGCCUGGCCUGAAACCCCACGCAAGCAGGUCACCUAUCUUCUGGUGUUACCCAUUGUUUUUCCACUGUGGGCUACUCUGCCAGAUGUCAGAAAACCUACAUCAAGAAAAUUUUUUCCUAUCACAUUUUUUGGGUCUAUCAGCUGGAUUGCCUUCUUUUCUUACUUGAUGGUCUGGUGGGCACACCAGGUUGGAGAGACCAUUGGUAUUACUGAAGAAAUCAUGGGAUUGACUAUUCUAGCUGCCGGCACAUCCAUUCCUGACCUUAUUACCAGUGUCAUUGUAGCACGCAAAGGUCUGGGGGACAUGGCUGUAUCCAGUUCUGUUGGUAGCAACAUAUUUGACAUCACAGUGGGCCUUCCUCUUCCAUGGCUCCUGUAUGCUGUGGUUAACGGCUUUGCCCCAGUGACAGUCAGCAGCAAUGGUCUGUUCUGUGCAAUUGUCCUCCUCUUCAUCAUGCUGCUCUUUGUCAUCCUCUCCAUUGCUUCCUGCAAGUGGAGGAUGAAUAAAAUCCUGGGUUUCCUCAUGUUUGGGCUUUAUUUUGUGUUCCUGAUUGUCAGUGUCCUUCUGGAGGACAAAGUGAUCCAGUGUCCUGUCUCCAUCUAGUGGAAAGUUGAGAGUGGAAAGCUUUUUUUUUCUCAACAGAAGAAAAAAAAAAAAAAAAGAAAAAGCAAAACAUAUAUAUUUAUUUAAGAAAAGAUACAUAGGUCAAAACAAAACCGUGGGAAAAAAACCCACAGUGGAAAAAUGCAGCGGGAAUUACCCAUGGAUCUGUAAAUUUCCUCUUCCUCAAUUUCAAAAGAAUGAAAGAAAGAAAAGGACACAAAGAGUCAGUCUCAGAGCUGAAGAAUGGCUGCUGCUGGACAGUGCAGUAACACCUGAAGGGCGGAGUGUGGGUGCACCGAGGGCUCCUCUGCUGCUGAACACCCUCGCUGCUCAGCACGGGACACGCAACGUGCUCACGGCAACAGGGAAAGUUACUGCUUCUCCUCUGCCUAUGGUACCUACCCGCAGACUGCUCCUUCUCUGUAGUGGUAUACACAGACACACAGUGUGCUCAGUUAUUGAAGCUCUCCUCUUCCAAGGGGAAUGCUAAUAUUAACUUUGUGGAGGCACCACCCCCCCACACACCCUGGUACAGGAUUUUUCCGAUAACCUGCUGAAACUCCUGAGUGGAAAGCGUACACUAAGAGAUGAGUCACAAACAGGGAAGGGCUUGAAUGUCUCUUCAUGUAAGUGGAUUUAUGUGAUGUGAUUUCAGCAAAGCCAGGGAAUUCAUCAGUGUUUUGAUCAUCUGCAUCACAGGUCCAUAAAGGCAAUCAGCAGGAUGUCAAUGGUGGUUUUUACAUCUUGCAAAACUCUUCAGGUUCCAGAAACUCUGGCACUGAAGGAGCCAUGAUGCCUGACCAUUUUGUAACUGGUGCAGAUUUUCAUUGCAUUCUCAUGCAAAGACCAGAAUGGGGAUAAUCUUUCUUCUCUAAUAGCAACGCAGCAUGCAGUGACAUCAUACAGCUAUGUAAACACACCAUUUUUUCUAAUGCAGCAAUAUCAACAGUACCAAUGGCUUUCAGAUGCUGUUAUGAGUUUGCCUUUUCAUGCCAGAAUAAAAAGGCUAAUUUGCUUAUGCAUAGUAUUUCAUACAGAAAAUAGAAGUAGUUAUAAAAUGGCAGCCUAAUUGCUAAGUGAAUAUAUACUUUAUAGGCUUUCACUAUUACUUGGAGUGUAAGGACCUUCACAGCUACAUAUAGUUAUUGCUGGAAGAGAUCUCCAGCUGUUGUAUAAAGCUGGGGAAGUUCACAUUUGCUGUUAUAAAUCUUGAAACUAGGUAGGAGAAACACAAUUUAAAUACAGUGGAGCUGCAGGAAACACAUGAAAAUUCUUCAGUAUUGCUGGAAGUGUACAUGUCUAAAGGAAUGAAGGAGUGAAAAUGCAACAUCCUUUUUCUGAGAUACUGAGAGAAUGAGAAGGUCCAAACCUAGAGCAGAAAAAAACAAGGGAGAAAUCAACUAACUUUCUGUAGUUUGGCUGGUUUUUUUAAGAAUGAGAGGACUAGAAUGAAUGUUAAGAAAUUAUUUCAGAUAAUCAUCAUUUGUUUGUUCAAGUCUUUUGUGAAAUUAAGAGUUCAUGAAGUUUGAGUGCAUUUCUGUGACCUGUUUCAGCAUUGUUUUAUAUGUGUAUUGUGCUCACAAUGGCAAUGCCAUUCUCACAUCUGUGUAACAGAAGUCUCAGCACAGUUUGUCUUGGCUGUUUUUCGCUGCUCCACACUGUUCGUUUCUCACUCAUCCCCUUUGUCCUUUACUGUUUUCCUGUUAUAUGUGUUUUUUGUAACAGUGUAUGAUUAGAAAAUAAGGACUUGACAGAAAACAAUGGUAGAGAAAACAGUACAAAAUUCAUAUUAGGAAUAUUAAUAUUAUGUGAUAUCAUGAAGAAAAAAAGUGAGAUGUUAAUGAAAUAAAGGAAGGAUACUAGGAGUUGCAAUGUCGGCUACUCAUAUAUUGUCCUAAGUCCUAGCUACAUGCAGAAUCAGUAUUUGAUCUUAACCAUAAAACAAGCAACAUCUUCUUAGUGCUUUUUAGAGUGAGCUUCUCACAUUGAGAGCAAAAACUUGUCUUUGUAUUCAAGAUCCUUCACUGGUGCAGAAUCCUUACCUCUCUUAACGAUAGUGCUGCCCAUCUGUAAUGUUUGUUCCUACGGGUGUGCGCGAUGGAAAGGUGGGUGGAUGUACAUAACUGUGGUGCCCUCUACUGACAGAACAGCAACCUAAAGCAGUUGUGACCCAAAUUCUGACCUCGAACAAAACGGGUGUCCCAAAAUACAGAGCUGACUCCGCAGUACAAUCUAUUCCAGAGGAGUCACCAAAUGCUUUUGUUUCUGAUGACAGUGCUCAAAACAGGCAAUCCUUUCCCAAGUAAGCAGAAUCAUGCAUAGGAGUGAUCUAAAGGAAGGGUUGUGUAUGCAGGCAAAAUACCGCAAUGCCCAGAUUUCACUGAUCUGACAUUUCAAAUAAGGAAGCCAGACCAGAGUCCAAUCUCUAUUUAGUACACUACCUUUUUUUUUUUUUUUUUUUUUAACUUCAUACCCACACUGAAAAAGGAAAACUCCUACCUGACCUUCUAAGAGCACUCUGGUG